AUGGGUCUCUUCAGUCGCAAGAAGCCGUCAACACCGAAUGCUGCUGGCAGCGACACUCCCUCGAAAGCCAACGGAGCGGCCAAAACACCUUCAGUCUCCAAAACCAACGGCGCAUCAAUGACAUCUACCUUCCGCCCAAAGCCCGACAUCCCGCUGCCCAAGGCUCCGGAUCCGGCGCUGGACCCGGCGGGCUAUCUCAGGAGCAUAUACUCGGUUAGGGAGAGGUCGAGAUUGGUGCUUGAGAAGGCGAAGAAGAACCAGUUGAAGCAUUUUACGGUGGAUAUGAGCAAGUUCCAGGACACGGCGACUUAUGUGGUGUCCAUCAUAAAGCGAGACUUUGCGCCAGACUACUCAAAAAUACCACCCCACGGCCGAUGGCAGCAUUUCGAAGUCGGCGGCCGGCCGCGCAUCGACCAGCUCCUUACCUCCUGGCCCUCCACCGUCGACACGCAAGAGCGGACACGGCGGCUCAUCGACCUCUUUGUCGUCUCCGUGCUCCUAGAUGCGGGUGCGGGCACAAAAUGGCAGUACAGGAGUAAAGAAUCGGGCAAAGUGUACAGGCGCAGUGAGGGCCUCGCUGUGGCAAGUUUGGAGAUGUUCAAGGCGGGCGUUUUCAGCAGCGACCCAGCUGAGCCAUGUCAGGUCGAUAGCCUGGGCCUGAAAAGAUUGAAUGUAGAGACGAUAGCGCGUGGCCUCCAAGUCACGCAACACAACCCCAUUGAUGGCCUGCAAGGCCGGACAGGGCUCCUAAUGCGCCUAGGAAGCGCGUUGCAAAACCAAGAAAUCUUCGGCGUAGAAGCACGGCCCGGAAACAUGCUCGACUACCUCCUCUCUCACCGCUCAACCCAAGCCUCCUCCGUCCCCAUCGUCCCCCUCCCGACCUUCUGGAACGUCCUGAUGGACGGCCUCGCACCCAUCUGGCCAGCCACGCGCACAAUCAUCGACGGCAUCCCCAUCGGCGACGCCUGGCCCUGCUCCAUCAUGCCCUCGCACCCAACCCACCCCUGGGAAAACAUCGUCCCCUUCCACAAACUCACCCAGUGGCUCGCGUACUCGCUCAUGGUGCCCAUGCAGAAGCUGAUGCACAUCCACUUCGCGGGCGCGGAGCUUAUGACUGGGCUCCCCGAGUAUCGGAAUGGGGGUCUGUUCAUUGAUACGGGGCUCCUGACGCUGAAGCCGGAGGAUGCGAGGCGCGGGCUGGAGCAGUAUCAAAGGAAUGCGCAGAUUCAGGGUCAGCCGAAUGUUGAGGUUGUUCCGAUGUUUACGGCGGAUGAUGAUGUUAUUGUCGAGUGGAGGGCUGCGACGGUGGGGUUUCUGGAUGAGCUGCUCGCGGAGGUGAAUGCGAUGCUGGGGCUGAGCGGUAGUGAUGGGCUGAGUUUGGCGCAGAUGCUUGAGGCCGGGUCUUGGAAGGGCGGCCGAGAAAUCGCAGAAGUCUCGCGGCCGAACACGAAAGAACCGCCGAUUAUGAUUUUGUCCGACGGGACUGUUUUCUGA